UCUCAUCUAGGCCGGAUAUGCGGUUGUUUACAGGAUUUGGACCAUAAGGUGUUUGUUUUCCACCAACGGAUGUCUUUGUUCGAUACACUACUCCAUAUGGAGGUUACCUUGUCUCAAACUUCACGGUAUUUCGUGUAGUUAUUGGGACGCACUCGGGGAACAAUUUUUUUCGAGGGAAUACGCUAUCUGUUUUCUUUGCCACGCGCAAAAGGACUACAACCGAGAGCUUGCCUUUUCAAAAUUUUUUCCCAGUUCAGCUGAAGAAAUAUGUCCCAACAAAUUGGAGUGUCUGUGCCAGAUUCUGAGACACUGAGUUCUGAUAAGUCCAAACGUUUCACGGUAUAUAAAGUGUUAGUCAAGCUUCCUGACGGACGAAGUUAUUUCAUCUUCAGGAGAUACAAUGAGUUUUACAACUUAUAUGAAAAGAUAAAGAAAGUUUUCCCUGACCUUAACAUUAAGUUACCUGGGAAACGAAGACUAGGAAAUAACUUUGAUCCAGAGUUUAUAAGAAUGAGAAGAGAGGGGCUCAAUGAGUUUACAAGCAAGAUAAUUAGCCAUCCCAGUGCCAUUGAGCACCCUGACAUUCGUCUGUUUUUAUCACUGGAUAAUCCAAAAAAUGCCCAAGUUAACAAUGACAAUGAACAGUUUGGAGCUGAUGAGGAUGACUCACUGGCUAAGGAUCUGAACAGAAUUGAUCUUGGAGACUCGUAUAAUCAAAAGGCGAAGCCAAGUGAUUUUCUGUUUCUUAAGGUUAUUGGGAAAGGAAGUUUUGGAAAGGUUUUCCUCGCCAAAAAUAAACAAGAAGAUCAAUUCUAUGCCAUUAAGGUUUUAAACAAAGCUGCCAUUAGAAAAAGAAAUGAGGCAAAGCAUAUCAUGGCUGAAAGGAAUGUUUUGUUGAUGAAUGUUAAGCAUCCUUUCCUAGUGGGAUUGCAUUACUCCUUUCAAACACGUGACAAACUCUACUUUGUUUUGGAUUAUGUAAAUGGAGGAGAGUUAUUCUUUCACUUACAAAAGGAAAGGUAUUUUCCAGAAGCAAGGGCAAGAUUCUAUGCAGCAGAAAUAGCAUCAGCAAUUGGAUAUCUUCAUUCUCUUCAAAUAAUUUACAGAGAUUUAAAGCCUGAAAACAUUCUUCUAGAUCAUAAAGGGCACGUAGUUUUAACAGACUUUGGACUUUGCAAGGAAGGCAUAGAACCUUCUGGUACAACGUCAACAUUCUGUGGAACACCAGAGUACUUAGCACCAGAAGUUCUUCGAAAGCAGGAGUAUGACAAAACAGUUGAUUGGUGGUGCCUUGGUGCAGUGUUAUAUGAAAUGAUGUAUGGUUUGCCACCGUUUUAUAGUCGAGAUACCGCAGAAAUGUAUGACAACAUUCUUCACAAGCCUCUUCGACUCAGAACAAAUAUAUCAGCCAGUGCAAGAAAUGUUCUUGAAAAACUACUUCAGAAAGAUCGUUCAAAACGACUGGGUGUAGGAGAGAAUGACUUUGAAGAAGUCAAGAAUCAUCCAUUUUUUCAAAGUAUCGACUGGCAACUGCUCUAUGACAAAAAGAUCGAACCACCAUAUAACCCUAAUGUGACAGGUCAACUUGACUUGAGACACUUUGAUCCUGAGUUUGUUCGAGAACCUGUACCAGGUUCUGUCGGCAAAUCAGCUGAUUCGGCAUUUCUAAGCGCGAGUGUUGAUGAUCCAGACGAUGCAUUCGUUGGUUUCACGUACGUUGCUCCUAUGGAAGAGGUACUUCAUGAAUGAGUCACAUGGUCUUAUCGAAAAGUAAUUUUCGGCUCUUAAGACAAGAUUUGUCCUCCUCAGCAAAGAAGUAAACCUUAGUAAACAAACCUCUUACUGUAUGCUUUAACAUAAAUUAAUUAAUCUACUUUGUCAUACUUUAACAUAAAUUAAUUAAUCUACUUUAUCAAAAAAGAGAGCAGACGUUCCCUCUAUAAAGCUUUGGGGCGGAUCCAGGAUUUAGUCAAGGGGGGUUCGGAGAAUUGUUCGCCUUCUGAAGGGUCCGAGAUUUUGAAAAU